UUCACGAAUUAGUCAUGGUGGUCGUAUCAAAAAAGAUUCGAAUGUAUCUAUUCGUCAUGCAAAUGCUUCAACUGCCAUUGAUCGCGUUGGGUAGAUUGCCAGUGAUAAGAGAGAAGUGGUGGUUAGGGAACGCGUUCUUUUGGUUUUCACUAUUUGUGGGAUUGCCAAUGUUGGGAAUUUUCCCGCUCAAAUUUCAAGUCCUCGAGAAAUCUAACGAGAAACCCAUUUUCGGAUUUCAUGAUUACCCGUUGGAGCUCAACUUUUAUAAAACGAUUUUUGCAUCCCAACUCAUGGGAGAACGUGAAUCACUAUAUGUAUACACGACUGUUUUAGGAGGCGACGGCGAUCUUUCCAUUCGUAUGAAAGGCUCGGUUGCAUAUCAUCAAAAACCUAGUUAUUUAUAA